AUGGCUUUAUUACCUCCCGAUCCAGUGUACACUAUCCGAAAUGUCGAUAAUACGCCGGUUUAUUCUUUGGCGUUUAAUUUUCUACCCGGCGGUCUCGAGAGGUUACUAGCCGGUUCAAAAAAUGGUUAUGUUUAUGCAUACAACCUUCAGACAAACCGAGUCCAACAAAAAAUCAAAGUUGGUCAAGCUCCCAUCUUACAUCUUAUUCACACAGAAGACCAGUUGAUAACUCAAGAAAAAGGUGGAAAGUAUAAAAUAUUUAAUUUAACAAACUCUGGCUACAAAGAGGACUCUGUUAUUGACAUAGAUUAUCCUGGCUUCUGCCGUUUUGAAGCCAACACAAAACUCAAAUUACUGUAUGUACCUGAUAGGGAAUCCCAGAUAUACUUAUACAACUUUUCUGGGGAAAAAAUUGGAAAUUUGAAACCAGAAACAUCAGAGCAAAAGCUUGGAGACCCAAUGUGCAUUAAAUAUAUAGAAUUGGCAGCAGAUAAAGCUCACUUACUAGUGGGUUAUGAAGCUGGAUGGCUCCUCCUUUGGGAUCUCAACACUAGUCAAUGUAUUGGAAAACUCCAAACUAAAGAAUGUCCUAUGUCUGUGGAUUUCUACAUUGAACAACAUAAGGGCAUUAUUGGCAAUGCCUCAAAUGUGAUACAAGUUUUUAGCAUAGGAAGAAAAGACUUAAGCUUGGCCCAUGGUACUGAUAUAAGUAUUAAAAAUCCAGGAAUCAAUAAAGUUCAAUCGAGGUCUGAUGGAAAAGUUUUUGUUUCUGGUGGUUGGGAUGGACAUAUCAGGAUAUUUUCCUGGUUCUCCCUGCGACCACUUGUUGUUUUAACUGAGCAUAAAAGAGCUGUUCAGGAUGUGGUGUAUUCUGAGCAGAAGGUUUCAAUGUGGAAUGCAAAUUUAAUGGCAGCUGGUGGUCUCGAUGGAGUUAUUACUCUUUGGGAUUUGUAUAACAAAAAGCAGUAA